CCUCAAGGGAGUUAACUCUGGUCAAUACUGCCAGUCCUGGCGGCAACACGGUUCUGCAAUGGGUUUCAACGUACCUCCUGUUCUGAUUCUCAUUUGCAGGACAGUUCUUUAUGCUGUGAGCAUAAUAUGUAGCCUGAUAAUAUUUUCAUCAUUAGCAAUAAGCAUGUCUAAACACGACAAUAACUGUUUGCUGUCCUCGGGGGUGACGUACGGGUCGAUGUUGUCGUGCAACUACGUCAUCGCUAUCGCCGUCAUAUUCUGUCUACUGUGUCCAUUCACCGUCAUCGUCGUCACCUUCAUCAGUAUCCUAAAGGAUGGAAUAAUUGAGUUAGCAGGGUUACCGUCCCUCUACGAGGUCGUCGCCGACGGUGUUGCAUUGUUCUUGGUCCUCAUCUCUGCCUGCACCAUAAGUGUUGGCUUGAAGACGUUGUGCGACAACCUCGUGGGCGGCACAGAUUUGCCGUGCUCAUUGGCAUCCCUAGUAACGACAGAUAAAAAAAAAGACUUCUUCUAUCAGAAUCUCUCAGUAGCAGAGAGAGGAGCUUGGGCAGCGGUCAUCGGAUGGUUGCUCCAAUUCAUUGGGGGAUUGCUCGUGCUGCGGAGGAAUGGCCGACUGUGCUUUCGGUCCGGUUCACCAUCACCUAAAAAUCCCCCCUCCACGCCUUCCCAAGAAGCUCUUGAAAGAUUCUAGAUGACCGCUGGGACAUUCCAGUGGUGUGUGCUAGCAGCAUCCAGCAUCCGCUGAACCAGACACCCGUUACUCGUUGUGGCGUUGGUGUAGCUAAACCGAUAGUUCGUCGCUCAUCGGCAGAAGUUCUGUGGUCGAAUCUCCACGUUGAUCAAUGUGUGAAGCCUUCUCCCCCUCCGUACAUGGUGGCAUCAUCUCUUUAAACAAAGUAAAUCAGUAUUCACAGAAACAACGCCCGCUGCUGUCUGGUAGGAAUCAGUAGAAGAUGCCAUUACUUAACUGUGGUGAUUUCGAUUGUGGUUUUACGUAUUUGUCACAACUCAAAUGGAUUAUCAAGAUUCUUUGUUCUUCUGACUAACCGGACAUGUAUAUUUAAUAAAAUAAUUACAUUGGUGUUUAUAAAGUA